AUGACGCAGGAGGAGAAAGAGUGGGAGAAGGUACAAGAGAAGACAUUUACGAAGUGGGUGAAUGGUAAGCUGGUUAAGAGCGGAAGCAAAGGGAUAGAGAACAUAUUUAGGGAUUUGUGCGAUGGGGUGAAGCUGGCACGGUUGCUGAUGGCAUUACAAGAAGAGAGUGUCGAAUAUAAUCCAGAACCUUAUACUAGGAUACAGAAGAUGGAGAAUGUGGAGAGGAUACUGAUGUUUAUUAAGAAGAAGAAUGUGAAGCUGAUUAACAUUGGGCCUGAAGACAUUGUUGAUGGGAAUCCGAAGCUUAUACUUGGGCUGAUUUGGUCGUUGAUAUCGAGGAUGGCGAUUGCCGACAUAGCGCAGGCUGGGGAUCUUUCGAUACGAAGCGAGCUGCUGAAAUGGUGUAAUGAGGUAACAAGCGGGUAUAAAGGUGUGAGGAUAAAUGACUUUUCGCGAAGCUGGCAGGAUGGGAUUGCAUUUAAUGCAAUAAUCCACAGGUUCAGGCCUGACCUUGUGUGUAAUUUUGAAGAGCUUGAGGGGCUUGGGAACGUGUACAAUUUGCAGCAGGCAUUUAGGGUUGCAGAACAGCAUCUGGGGAUAAAAAGAUUACUUGAUGUUGAGGAUGUGGCGGAUGUUGCUGUUCCUGAUGAGAGAAGUGUCAUGACAUAUGUUGCAGGGUAUUAUGAGAGGUUCAAAGAGUAUGAACAGGAGAAGCGGCUUUUUGGGAAAAUGAUGAAGGUGCUGAGCAUGGUAGACUGGUCCAUACAGUCAAGGAAUUUGUAUGAGAUCAAGGCGAAAGGAUUGCAGGGAUUGAUAAAGGAGUUGGCUUUACAAAGAAACGAGGUGUGUGCAAUGAUCAGAAAACUUGACGAGUCGUUUUCAAGGCUAUUGGAGAUGAACACGAAUGCAGUACAGGAAGCAGCAGGGCUAAGAUCGUUGCUUGGAAGUUUGAGUGCGAUUCAUGAGGCUUACAGGAUGAAGAGGUAUAUUGCUCCAGAUGAAGUGAAGCCUGAGAAGCUGGAAUUUCCACGGCUUGAGCUACGCAAGAUUGGGGACAGCAUUAGAAUGAAGAAGAUAUUUGAUAGCGUGCUGCAGGAAGAGAUGGACGGGCUGAAUGAAAUUCUUGAUCGAUUCAAGGAAGGAUUUUCUGAGAACAAAGGAGUGGAUGAGCAGAUGAAGAAGGCCAUUGAGUUAAAGAAAGUGCUAGAGGAAACGAAGAGUAUGCAUCAGACUACGAGCGAGCAUCAUGAUAAGCUAAAGAGCAUGAUUGAGAAGAAGAUUGAGGUUCUGAAGAAGGUGGACGACAGAAGGAUGGAGAGUGUAAAGAUACUUGACAAGGCAAAGGAGCUUUUUAGAAAGACACUUGGAAAUGAUGAGUAUGGAAUAAGUAUAUCAGACAUGUGCUGGUGUAUGAAUCAAAUGGGGCUUUCUGUCGAUGAGAGUAUGAUUCCGUUUGGAAAUCCUGAAGGUAAGAUAUCCCUAGAAGAUUAUCUAUUGAUAGUGAAUGAGACUUAUGACAGCUCAUUUGACUUGAUAGAGCUAAAGAAAGCCUUUAGCGUGUUUAGUAGAAAUGGUAUACUUGAUCUUGCAAUGCUUGGGAUUGAUGGAAACAACCUCAAGAACAUUUACCAUAUCAACAGAAACGAGCGAAAUCUCCAUGUUAAUGAAUUCUUUGAGAAAUUCAUCGAAGAUUAA